CCCUUUUGUAACAAACUAUGCUUUAAAAUGUAAACGGUGGAGGCAUUUUCCUUGCGUUGUCCAGAAGGAACUUUCUCCUGCGUAGCCUGGAUUAAUCAUGAGAGAGCUUGUCAACAUUCCACUGGUACAUAUUCUUACUCUGGUUGCUUUCAGCGUGACUGAGAAACUUCCAAAAGCUCCUGUCAUCACCACGCCUCUUGAAACAGUGGAUGCCUUAGUUGAAGAAGUGGCUACUUUCAUGUGUGCAGUGGAAUCCUAUCCCCAGCCUGAGAUUUCCUGGACUAGAAAUAAAAUUCUCAUUAAGCUCUUUGACACACGGUACAGCAUUCGGGAGAAUGGGCAGCUUCUCACCAUCCUGAGUGUGGAAGACAGUGAUGAUGGCAUUUACUGCUGCACAGCCAACAAUGGCGUGGGAGGAGCUGCAGAGAGUUGUGGUGCUCUACAAGUGAAGAUGAAACCUAAAAUAACUCGUCCUCCAAUAAAUGUAAAAAUAAUAGAGGGAUUAAAAGCAGUUCUACCAUGUACUACAAUGGGCAAUCCCAAGCCAUCAGUGUCUUGGAUCAAGGGGGACAGCGCCCUCAGGGAAAAUUCCCGCAUUGCAGUUCUUGAAUCUGGGAGUUUGAGGAUUCAUAAUGUGCAAAAGGAAGAUGCAGGACAGUAUCGAUGUGUGGCCAAAAACAGCCUUGGGACAGCAUAUUCCAAACUGGUGAAGUUGGAAGUUGAGGAAGAAAGUGAACCUGAGCAAGAUACUAAAGUUUUUGCCAGAAUCCUGCGGGCUCCUGAAUCCCACAAUGUUACCUUUGGCUCCUUUGUGACCCUGCGCUGUACCGCUACAGGCAUCCCUGUUCCCACCAUUACCUGGAUUGAAAAUGGAAAUGCUGUUUCUUCUGGGUCCAUUCAAGAGAGUGUGAAAGACCGAGUGAUUGACUCAAGACUGCAGCUGUUUAUCACCAAGCCAGGACUCUACACAUGUAUAGCUACUAACAAGCAUGGAGAGAAAUUCAGUACUGCAAAAGCUGCAGCCACUAUCAGUAUAGCAGAAUGGAGUAAACCACAGAAGGAUAACAAAGGCUACUGCGCCCAGUAUAGAGGCGAGGUGUGCAAUGCAGUCCUGACAAAAGAUACUCUUGUUUUUUUCAACACCUCCUAUGAGGACCCUGAGGAGGCCCAAGAGCUACUGGUCCACACCGCCUGGAAUGAACUGAAGGCAGUGAGCUCACUCUGCCGGCCAGCUGCUGAGGCUUUGCUGUGUAACUACAUCUUCCAGGAAUGCAGCCCUGGGGUAGUACCUACUCCUACUCCCAUUUGCAGAGAAUAUUGUUUGGCAGUAAAGGAGCUCUUCUGUGCAAAAGAAUGGCUGGCAAUGGAAGAAAACACCCACAGAGGACUCUACAGAUCUGGGAUGCAUCUGCUUUCCAUGACAGAAUGCAGCAAGCUUCCCAGCAUGCACUGGGACCCCAUGGCCUGCACCAGACUGCCAUAUUUAGAUUAUAAAAAAGAAAACCUAACAACAUUCCCACCAAUGACUUCUUCAAAGCCAAGUGUGGACAUUCCAAAUUUGCCUUCCUCCUCCUCUUCGUCCUUCUCUGUCUCACCGACAUACUCCAUGACUGUAAUAAUCUCCAUCAUGUCCAGCUUUGCCAUAUUUGUGCUUCUUACCAUAAGUACGCUUUAUUGCUGCCGAAGAAGAAAACAAUGGAAAACUAAGAAAAGGGAAUCGGCAGCAGUAACCCUCACCACACUGCCUUCUGAGCUCUUGCUAGACAGACUUCACCCCAACCCCAUGUACCAGAGGAUGCCGCUCCUUCUGAAUCCCAAAUUGCUCAGCCUGGAGUAUCCAAGGAAUAACAUUGAAUAUGUGAGAGAUAUUGGAGAGGGAGCAUUUGGGAGGGUCUUUCAAGCAAGGGCUCCGGGCUUACUUCCCUACGAACCUUUUACAAUGGUGGCAGUAAAGAUGCUCAAAGAAGAAGCCUCAGCAGAUAUGCAAGCAGACUUUCAGAGGGAGGCAGCCCUCAUGGCAGAAUUUGACAACCCUAACAUUGUGAAACUCUUAG